UUCAAUUUACACAAGAAUCGAUAAGUAACCGGUCGAGCGAGAUUCAUCGGAGCCUUAUCCCCGCGAUCUUUGGUAAAACCAGGAACAAAAACACCAUUGCAAUAGCCACCGUUCUGGGUUUGUUCGUAACGUAUUCGGUGAAAGUUUUCGUGCAAGGGGCGCGUGCCAGCCGUUUCUAUCGGACGCAGGGCACGCGUCGAGCAAACAGGGGUUCCCGGCGAUACAAUGGUCCGCAUCUGCAGGGCAGGGGUGACCGAGUGCAAGGGGUUCCGAAGGGAACUGGAGAGGGGGUGAAGCCAUGGCAAACCGUCACCCUCGCAACAGUCUCUCCUGCGACAAGCUACUAUGCACUAGGUUUUUGGUUAGUCGAUGCCCAUCGACGCCAGUCAACGGUCUUUCUGCCUUUCGAACGAGCCAUUCCCUGGAACGAGGAAACGAAUUUUCCCUCUCGGGACGGGGGGGAGGGGAGGAAAGAAGCGAGGAGAAACUGCACGGACAAAGGGGCCAUUAGAGCUCGAAAGGGGAAGCAUCUCUGAUCCGGCGAAGAAGAAAAAAGAAACGGAAGCUUAAGCGAAGGGCACGGGAUUUAUUUUCGGCUACUCGUUCGUUUCGUGAAGAGAAAGAGAGAGAAAGAAAGAAAGAGAGAGAGAGAGAGAGAGAGAGAGAGAGAGAGAGAGAGCGGGGGUGAGUACGAAGAGAGUGUUGUCGUGUGAAAUCGUUCGUGAAAGGUCGCGUGGGUGGAUCGAUGGUGAGGUUGCUCCACGGUUCGACAGGAUUUCAGUAAGAAUGAAAAGAUACUCGUCGGUAAGUGGUUCGAGAAGCUAUGUUUCUCUAGGCUAUGCGAGUUUGAGUAUUAAUUCGAGCUGUGUCGGUGUGAAACAGGCCCCCUGUCUGGCGGAUCGGAACAACGAUAACAAGAAGGCCAGAUCGAUGGAGGAACCGAAUGCCAAAGAGUAUCUGCAGUUGGCGCUGGCCAGAAUCUUGGAGCUGCAACGGGAGAUCAAAGACGGAACAUACGCCACUGACCAUACCAGCGAUCUUGGCGAAUCCAGCAGCGAGGAGGACUUGACAAAGGAGGUUCUUCGUAAAGUAUUCAAGAAUCUUCCCGGGACGCCGGACUCCGCCGAGGCAAUACUGAACCGAGCGGCGAAAAACAAACCGAGUAACUCGCAGUUAGAAGCGAUCCACGGUAAAAGGAUCCAGCUGUUGGGCUACGAUACCUGUCGCAGAACUGCCGUCGAGUUCAUGAAGAAUGUGGCUCGCGAGACGAGGCGAGACGGCAAGUCGUCCGACUCGAAUUACUCCGGAUUUCGACUGGGUAUCUACUCGAGGAACGAGCCGAGGGUGGCGCAUCGUAGAACUGGUUUACGGAGAAGUUCUUCGUCAUGCGACCAAGAGAUUCGGGAUAGAAUGCUGAGAAGUUUGGACCUGCACUUAGCCAGUAAACAAAGAGAUUACACUGCCAAGUUGAUGAGAUCGGGUACAUAAGACGCUUGGAAAUAAGGGUGAAAGUAUUCCCAGAAUAUUUCUUUUAUCUCUUCAUUGUAGGUAUCUCUUUUUGAUCAAGGUUUUCUAUAAUCAGGGUUUUUGAGAGCUUAUUGAGAUCGGACUGCGGAUGUUUAUGCAAACUUAUAUCUUUAUGGAAAUAAUUAGAAAACGUAGGUGGAAAAUUAUUUUACUUAUUAACUGUUGUCAGGAGUCUCGUAUUUUGAAUAUAAAGUGCAGUGUAUGCAUUUUUGCACUUUAAAAGUUCCCGUACAUGCAUAAAAUCCCGCAAUCUGUUUAUUAACACGUCGACUGCCUCGCGAAGCGGAAUAUUACGUUACAACGGAAGUGCAAUGAAUGCGCAUUUUUCUAUAGUAUUAUCAAGUCGUACUUUGUUCGUUCCAAAAUAUUUAUAAGUGACCACGGUAAUAGUUGAUGUGUUAAUAAACUGCGGAUAUUUAUGCAAAUUUAUAUUUUCAUAAAGAAAAUAAAAUACUUCUUUGCGUAGCGUGUAGAUUUACAAAUUUCUCAGUGUGUAUAAAAAUUCGCGGUCUAUUUAGUAAUAGUUUUUCAUCUAGUCAGGCUAGAUUAAGAAUAGUACCUGGUUCUUACGAAUCAUUCUAGUCAUUCAGACAAGUCGUCAAAUAUUAAUUUACGAAAAUCAUGAUAGCUGAAGUCACGCUAUAAAUUAUUUUUCUACCAUUAUACAGUAACUUGCAUUCUAAAGUGUAUUUAUUUAUCGAGUGAGUAAUAAUUAAGUUACGAGACUUGGUGACACGAUACUGGAGAACGAGAGUACCAUCGACAUUUUGUAAAAAACAUUUAUUCAUAAUGUACAAUUAAAAAGAAAAAAAGAAAAAGAACAAAGGGGUUUGAAAGAUAUCUACAGUAUAACUUAACACCUAAGAAACGCUCUGCAACUUUUCAUUUUCUCAAUUAGGAAAAGAAAACAAGGACAUGAGAGUGUUCGCCAAUAGAUAGACUAGACAACAGACAAAUAAUUGUUCGUUCGACUUUUAUAAAAAAAUUCAUUUAUACUCUGUCGUGAGUCCCAUAGUAAAUAGGCUUCGUAAGGCUUAUUCAUUUUCUUUUUUUUCUUUUUUCUUUUUUCCCUUAUCAUUCUAUUUGCAUUCUGCAGUCGCGAAUCCCCGAGAAUGUCUCAGGGUAGAUAUAUUGCUCGAGGAUCUCCGCGUGAUGCCUAGUGAAGUUUUAGUUAUUAUGCAUAUAUAUGCGGUUUACGAGAUACGAUCUAAUCCUAAUUGAAACGCAGCAGUACAUUGACAAAAGAACGCGCUUCUCGUAUAGCAAUGUCAGUCCUUUCUAUCCUUGUAAUCGUCUCCACCAUUUCUCGCGUUUUUCAUCAUAGAGAGAAAAUACUUUGUGCGAAUACCGCUUGAAUAUUUCCUU